AUGAAGCUGAUUCGCUGGGUCGAGCUACACAUCGGCCGAUCACGCAAAAGGGUAAGGAAAACACCCCCAAGGCAACAGGAGUCCCCCGGCUUCCCUUCGGACGCCUGUCGUACCCACCUAGGAAUGGAGGAGCCACGAGCCAGCAGCCUACUUCCAGCCAUGUAUAUUUGCACCGGCUCUCUGGCGGCGUCACCGGCAGCACGCCAGAGGAACCGCAUUAAGACGAACCCGUGGGUUGCGCCCAGCCCCUGCAACUCGGCCGAUUCCGGCUGGACCGGAUCGCGCUUUUCCACCGAGGGGGAAGAUCCAACUCAGUGGUCCUCCUCGAUGGGGUGCAUGCGCGCGGUCGAUGAUCCCGUGUCGGCGGGUCACACCCGUCGGCAAAUCAGUGGUAGUAGCGACGACGAGGCCUACUCCGAGGACUUCCCUCAGUCCGAAGGAAGCAACGACGAUGUGGUGACCGCUGUGGAAACGCCGCAGACCGACUCGGCUUGUGGGAGCAGCUGCACCACGACGCCCCUGUCAGAGUGUUCCUCCUCGCGGCUAGCUGAAACGCUUGCCGACAAGGUGCGCCGCCUGCAGGCCGACAGGGCGCUGGUCGAGCAGAAGAUGUUCGAGGCCCGUGUGGAAGAGCAGGCUUCGCGCUAUCAGAGGAUGCAACUGCACCGUGAAAUGAUGCAGCUUCGGAGGCUCACACUUGUGCAUUCUUUGCAGGAACUGCGAUCCGACCUCGAGCAGCGCGCAGCUUUCGGGAAGACUUUUCUUGGUACAGGGCGCUAAGCUGAGCAUCGUAGACAGUCUACGCUGAUAGCUUAGAAGACGGCAUUGAGCCCAUGUUGUUGCCUGAGAAACGGAACGUCUAGAUGACGCCUACGCGACGUGACGCCACCUCGCGUCGAAAAAAGAAAGCUAAGAAAAAGCUGACGUUACUGUCUUUUUUUUUUUUUAACUUCUCUCACGUUCAGAUCUACGAUUAGUUGAACGUAUACACCGUGAACCUAGCUCACAAUAAGCGCCGGAAAAACGGUCUAUUUGUGCGCAGACGGCCGUAAGAGCGAGAUCCAAGCUAUCCAUAGAGCUAUCCGAGGACUUCACUAAGCCGGCGGACAACCACCUCCUUCACCUCUGGGAGGCGCGGCACAGCCUCGUGCGCAGAUGGCGCCGCCAAAAACACAAU